CCCGCCACACGCACCGAGCAUGAGGGAGAUCGUGCACAUCCAGGCCGGCCAGUGCGGCAACCAGAUCGGGGCCAAGGCCUACUGAACAGAUGAGGGGCUCAAGGCACAGAGAAUCUUCAGGACCUGCCCAGGGUCACACAGCUGGAAAGAGGUGGUGCCGUUCCUGAAUGCAGUUCUGGGAGGUGAUCAGCGACGAGCACGGCAUAGACCCCAGCGGCAACUAUGUGGGGGACUCAGACCUUCAGCUGGAGCGCAUCAGCGUCUACUACAACGAGGCCUCCUCUCAUAAGUACGUGCCGCGGGCCAUUCUGGUGGACCUUGAGCCUGGAACCAUGGAUAGUGUCCGGUCUGGGGCCUUUGGGCACCUCUUCAGGCCUGACAACUUCAUCUUUGGUCAGAGCGGGGCCGGCAACAACUGGGCCAAGGGCCACUACACGGAGGGCGCCGAGCUGGUGGACUCGGUCCUGGACGUGGUGCGGAAGGAAUGUGAGAACUGCGACUGCCUGCAGGGCUUCCAGCUGACCCACUCACUGGGUGGCGGAACGGGCUCAGGCAUGGGCACGCUGCUCAUCAGCAAGGUGCGCGAGGAGUACCCGGACCGCAUCAUGAACACCUUCAGCGUGGUGCCCUCGCCCAAGGUGUCGGACACGGUGGUGGAGCCCUACAACGCCACGCUGUCCAUCCACCAGCUUGUGGAGAACACGGACGAGACCUACUGCAUUGACAACGAGGCGCUGUACGACAUCUGCUUCCGCACGCUCAAACUGGCCACGCCCACCUACGGCGACCUCAACCACCUGGUGUCGGCCACCAUGAGCGGCGUCACUACUUCCCUCCGCUUCCCGGGCCAGCUCAAUGCCGACCUGCGCAAGCUGGCCGUGAACAUGGUGCCCUUCCCCCGCCUGCACUUCUUCAUGCCUGGCUUUGCCCCGCUCACUGCCAGGGGCAGCCAGCAGUACCGUGCCCUGACGGUGCCCGAGCUCACCCAGCAGAUGUUCGACGCCAAGAAUAUGAUGGCCGCCUGUGACCCCCGCCACGGCCGCUACCUGACGGUGGCCACAGUCUUCCGCGGACGCAUGUCCAUGAAGGAAGUGGACGAGCAGAUGCUGGCCAUCCAGAGCAAGAACAGCAGCUACUUUGUGGAGUGGAUUCCCAACAACGUGAAGGUAGCUGUGUGUGACAUCCCGCCCCGGGGACUCAAGAUGUCCUCCACCUUCAUCGGCAACAGCACGGCCAUCCAGGAGCUGUUCAAGCGCAUCUCGGAGCAGUUCACCGCCAUGUUCCGGCGCAAGGCCUUCCUGCACUGGUACACGGGCGAGGGCAUGGACGAGAUGGAGUUCACCGAGGCCGAGAGCAACAUGAACGACCUGGUGUCCGAGUACCAGCAGUACCAGGACGCCACGGCCGAGGAGGAGGGCGAGAUGUACGAAGACGAUGAGGAGGAGUCCGAGGCCCAGGGCCCCAAGUGAAGCUGUGGGAGGGGCAGGGCCAGGCUGAGGCCAGGGCCAAGAGGCCUGUCCCCUAGAGCCAUGUCGCUACUGACAACACCCCCAGGCUUGCCCCCGCCAGCUCUGGUCACAGCUCCCUAGGGCUCCUGAGAGUUUGUCCUCCAGUAUUUACGGCAUCCCCACCCCACGUGAGUCCUGUCUUCCCACCAUAGGUCACCUCCAUUUUUGUGUCUGCUUCAUUGUCAGCUGCAGGCCUGAUGUUUUAUGGUUUAAUUUGUUUUUUUGUUUUUUACUGAUUUGUGUUUAUAUUUUUUGGGGGGGAUACUUAAUAAAUUUAUUGCUGUCAGAUA